CCAGGCAGGCGCUUCCACAUUUCCUCCAGUAGGGGGGCGAGCUGAGAACACAGCGGGGAUGUGAGUCACCAGCAGCGGUCUUCAGUCUGUUCUCUCGCUCCUGACUUCCGCGGAGCAACCAUUGCCCCGUUUACUGUAACUACACAACGUUUUAGUUAUUUUCAAUCGAUUUGCAUUAACCGUAAUAACAAUUUGAGGACCAAAAGUGACCAAAGAGGCGGCGAACUUGUUGAGACAUCAUUGACCCGAAAAGGGCGCCUCAUGUGGUAAACCGUCACCUGGAGACGAGACUCCAUGUCGGUCCGUGUUCCAGCCAUGAGCGUUCUACCACCUGUUCGCAAGGACAGAAUCAUCGCUCAACUUCCACAUUGUUUCAGAGAAGAUGCAGCCUUCCACACCAAGAAGGACUUCAACAACAAAGUGAAGACGGCGUGUCAGCAGCAGCGCACCGGCACCGUCGGCAGAUUUAAGAUUUCUAAAGUCAUUGUUGUGGGCGACCUGGCUGUGGGGAAAACCUGCCUCAUUAACAGAUUCUGCAAAGAUGCGUUCGAUAAGAACUACAAGGCUACGAUCGGAGUGGACUUUGAGAUGGAGCGCUUCGAGGUUUUGGGCGUUCCCUUCAGUCUGCAGCUGUGGGACACUGCUGGACAGGAGAGGUUCAAGUGCAUCGCUUCAACCUACUAUAGAGGGGCACAAGUGGUAAUCAUCACCUUCGAUGUGAACGACGUCGCUUCCUUGGACCACACAAAGCAGUGGCUGGAGGACGCUCUGAAGGAGAACGACCCCACUGCAGUGCAGCUCUUCCUGGUGGGCACAAAGAAGGACCUGAGCUCUCCUGCCCAGUAUUCUCUGAUUGAACAAGACGCCAUCAAGCUGGCGCAGGAGAUCCGAGCGGAGUACUGGGCCGUGUCGUCGCUCACAGGAGAAAACGUGAAAGAGUUUUUCUUCAGAGUCGCCUCACUGGCCUUCGAAACCAACGUCCUGGCCGAGCUGGAGAAAGGUGGAACGCGGCAAAUCGGCGACGUCGUCAGAAUCAACAGCAACAGCAGCAACAUCUACGCGUCAUCCAAAAAGAAGUCGUCCAGCUGCUGUCAGUGAUCUUCCUCGGCGAUAUGAGGUUUUUGGGGUUAAGGUCUGUGGCUGCUCACCAGCUGAGUUGCGGGUGAAGUAGGAGGAGACUUCUGGAAGCUUCAGUUUUUCCUGGCCUUAAAGGGAUUUUCCUCCGUGUGGAUUCUUGUGGCAUCGUCUGAAUCCACUUUGGACUCUCUGCUACUGAAGCCGAGUGGAGGAGUUUAACGUGUGGAUGUUUACUGAAACCGAAAGUUCUUCACCUAUUCAGUGCUGGUUUUAUUAGACUUACAUGGUUCAUGACCUAAAAGGACUGUGUUAGAAGACAACAUCUGUAUCAUGCAUCUGCUGUAUACAUUGUUUUCCACUGCUUUUACGAUCAAUAAAUCAUUGUUAA